AAUGCGUAGCGUCAGGUUUCGUAUAUAUAAACAAUAAUAAUUUUGAAUGAUACUUGAAGCUAAAAUAUGGAUGGAUCUGAUGAGGUCAAUACCGCAGCUGUGAUGACACAACUGGAUAUAUCGACACGUUUGGCCGCAUUGAACCGCUGGCAAGAGGAGCAAAAACGCCUAUUAGAAGAGCGUCAAAACAAUCAGCGCCUUAUGCUGGGAUUGGAACACCGCAAUAUGUAUCAAAUGCUUGGACUCUUGCACGAUAAGCUUAACACUAUGGACGAGAGUGCCGUAGAUGUAUGUCGAAUUGAAAACACUGACAAGCAGCAAACAGUGCAGGAACAGCAGCAAGAAUCAUCAAUCAUACAAAUGCCGCGCCAUGCGAACAGGCAGGCUGAGGCGGAAAAGACUGAGCAAUGCUUCCAACUUGGAGAAAUUCCUACUAGUCCGCGGCCCGCAAAACCUAAACAGCCGUUUUUACGGCGCGGCGAAGGUCUAAAGCAGCGUUUCAAAGUUGAUCCGGAUCAAUUGCGUUUAAAUAAUUUACCGCGCUACAAGUUUGCCAAUGCUCAUCCACAGUACCGCAAGCCAAUCCUGAUGAAAAAGGAAAAACGCAGCAUUCUAAAGACGCAAAAAGAGCCAAGUGUUGUGCAGAAAACAAUAGCAUUGCCACCACCUCCACCCCAACCGGCAGCUGUAUUAUCGAUGAAGGAGCAGCGCUUUCAGCAACCACUGAUAAACAACAAGAAUGUGUGCAGCUCCACGCCGGAUCUGAAGUCUUCCUAUGCUUCGACUAGUAACACCAACUCAAGUGUAUCGCCCAAGGUGCGCUUUGUCGAGCUUAACGAUGCCAAAGGACAAACGGCAGAUGAUGAACACUCUUCUGAGGCAAGUUCCAAUGCACUGGCAAAUGUGUGUUGGGCCAAGGUACUGGACUCGAAGCAGAUUAAACCGCCUGUACUGCAUCGACGUAGUGCCCAGAUACGUGUGGAGGACGAUGACAAUAUUAGCAUAUUUGAGCUGUUGGAGCAGAAGGCACGUGAGGGCAACGUAGAUAUGAAUUCUAGCUGCAUACGCACAUUCAUGGCACGCAAGGAGAUGCAUCGUCAGGUGGAUGCCGACGAUAGUGAUCAGAUAGUGAUUUCCCAACAGUUGCGUGAAAUGCACCUCCAACCAGAGGUGUGUGACGUGAUCAGUGAAAAUGAUGAUGAUGAAAAUCAGGAUGAGCAAAACACCACCUUGACCAGGACUCCUAUUAAAAUUACCGCAGGCAAAACUCAAGUACAUGUGCGCUUCUCCGAUUCCAAUGAUACACAUGAAUAUUCAGAUGAGGCAACGCUGCAGGAUGGCACAAAUGUGCAGCUCUUCGAAGAAUUUAAAUCGGCGCUGUUUCAGGCUCUGGAACAGAGAAAGACACAGCCAACGCAGAACGUCGCUGGCGAUGAGCCGUUAACGCAAGAGUUGCAGUCGAAAGCGAAUUUGGUGCGAAUACGUCUCGAGGAACUGGAAAAGGAAAUUGCCACAUUUAAGGAACAAAAUGCUCAGCUUUUGCGGCUUAAACAGCAACACGAACUGGACCAGGCCAAGUGUGCACAAGAUCAGUUGGAGGCAAUGGAACGUGUGCAUGAUGAGAAAAUCCAAGCGGAAAUCUAUUUGCACGAUGAGCGAAUGAAGAUUGAAGAGGAGCGUCGCAAAUUCGAGCAGCAGAUGCGUCUUCAAAAGAGCAAUGUCAAUAGCAAGGAGAAAAAGGAGCUGGCGCUGCUUAAGCAAGAGGUAGAGGCUCUUCAGCUGCAGCUUAAACAAAAGGAACAGACUCACGUGUCAGCACAGGCGCGGCUUCGUGCUCAGCUGCGUGCCCAGGAAAAGGAGCAACGCAACUGCAGGGACGAGAUUGAGCUGCUUGGACGUGAAAACAAGCGACUGGAGCAGGAGCUUGUGAAGAUAACUCGCGAGAGCAAUAGUAAAAUGUUGCAGGAAAUCAAUCGGAAUAUUGCCCGCUUGGCCCCAAAGCUGCAGGAGACAACAAUGCCUUUAGCCAAAAACACGGACGAGAAUGGCAAACGGCAAAACAAGUCUAUUACGGAGAUAUUGCAGGAUAAGGCGACGAGCAAACAGCGACGACAAAGUCGAAGCCGAAAAAAAGCUGAGCCACUGAAUGAAAGUUAUGCAUCAAGCAGCUCCUUUGAUAUGGAUGAGGUGAUACCCUUGCCAAAGCCAACAAAGUCAGCCACAGCAACUGCUGAACCAAUUCUUACCGAGCGCAACAAGAAUAACAAACACAACAGAAACAACAACAAUGAAAAUAGCGAAUUUAAGCGGGAGAUUGUGAAUGCGGAUGGUAGCAAAGACAUUUGGUAUCCAAAUGGCAAUCUUAAGAAGAUCAGUGCCGAUGGCAUGAGCGUGCGCAUGCUGUACUUCAAUAAGGAUAUUAAGGAAACAGACAUACGUGCCGGCACAGUCAAGUAUUAUUACGCAGAGACAAACACAUGGCACACUAGCUAUCUGGACGGCCUGGAAAUACUCGAGUUUCCGAAUGGACAAACCGAGCAUAGACACAAAAAUGGGAUCAUCGAGAUUCAUUUUCCAAAUAAUACCAUUAAAAUUGUAGAUCCCAGUGAUACGGAAAAGUUAGAAGAAUGGCGCUACGCGGAUGGCACGCACCUUGUUCAACUGCGAAACGGUGAUAAGAUAUUAAACCUUCCCAAUGGACAAAAGGAAAUACACACGAAAUUGAACAAACGUCGUGAAUAUCCCGAUGGCACAGUUAAACUCGUCUAUCCGGAUGGCAGCCAGGAAACACGUUAUUCCAAUGGCCGUGUCCGACUCAAAGAUAAGGAUGGUAAACUAAUAAUGGAUACGGACUAUGCCAAGUAUUAGAUACGUUUAGCAUCUGCAUUUAAUUAAAUAUUUUAUACAAUUUUAUGUAAUUAGUUAUGCUAAA